CAGGGAGGGGGAGGAGCUGCUGGGCUUUACGACGUUUUUUUGCGACAGUGGGUUCAGUUUCUCGUCGCCUUGGUUCAAGAUGGCCUCGUCGUUUUGGAAAGGUGUUGUCGGCGUCGGACUCUUUGCCUUAGCCCACGCAGCUUUCUCCGCGGCGCAGCAUCGAUCCUACAUGCGACUCACAGAGAAGGAAAACGAAACACUACCGAUCGAUAUUGUCCUACAAACGUUAUUAUCGUUUGUUGUGACUUGUUAUGGCAUCGUCCACAUCGCUGGGGAGUUCAAAGACAUGGACGCCUCCUCAGAGCUGAAAAACAAAACAUUUGAUACGCUGAGGAACCACCCGUCCUUCUACCUGUUCAACCACCGAGGCCGAGUGCUCUUCCGCACGCUGGAGCAAGACGUCUCCUCCGCACGCAACCAGCAGGCCCUCCCGAACCCCUUACGACUACGCAAGCUGGAGCAUUUGCACUGAGACUGGCCUUUCCUGCCCUCGUCAUCAUCUUCUGUGCACAGAUUAGGUUUUUUUUUUUUUUUUUUGGUUUGUUAGAUGGAGGGGAAAAGUGAGCAUUCAUUUUCCUUACUUUAUCUUUGUACAUAAACUAAUACGCUGUUCAGACAUGCAUCUGUCCAUAAAAGUGGUCACCACCAUAUGUAACACUGACUGUGCCAACCCCUCAGUUUUUUCAAGCCGACUUGUUUGUAUAUAUGUAAUCGCUCUGGAGUCUUAAGAUUUUGAGACGUCUGCUCCCCUUUUCUCUCGUGUCCCUUCUGAGCUGAAGUGGAGUACCGCUAUCCUGUGUUGUAUAAGGGGCAGAUUAAAAAAAAAAAAAAACAGUUUGUUUCAUUAACCACACAUCAGUCUUGAGAAGCUGUCUUGGGCAACUUUUUAAUUUCAUGUCAGCAGAAGUGGUAUGUGUCGUACGAACUGAGGACCCUUUAUGUCUUGUGAUGAUUUCCUGCAGGCAUGAAGGCUCACCUGUACAUUCUGUAUGCAAUAAAGAGUAAAUGCAGGUUUGUGUCACAGGAAAUCAACUCCAGGCUAGGUGUGACAGCCGUCGUGUCACAGCAAGUCUAAUGAUACUGUGAACACUAAGUUGAAAGUUAAGGUACAUUUAUUUGGACAGGUUUUUUUUUUUCCCUUCAUUUUACAUUUUGUUAAGAUUCAACAGUUUGUUUUUGAUUUAAUAAAAGCAUACUGAUUUUA